AUGGAAGGGAAAACCAAGAACAAGGUGGACUUUGAUCUGGGUUGCGGUUUGGUGGGGAGAAUUUUCCACCUAAAAACCAAUAACAGGCCAAGAAAAUCCUCUGUUCAUUCACUACCCGUGAAGCCUUGCAACACUGCACAACAGAGGGACCAGGCCAAAAACGAAUCCAAACCCCCUUCAGACCAUGAACCAAAGGUGCCACGAGAUAGCGCCAUUGGAACCACUCCUACACUGAAAGGGGAGCAGGAUCCUGUGAGAAAGAGUAGCUCUAGUCACCGUGCACCUUCUGCAUACCGAAACAAUUUAAAUGGGAGACUCUCAGACGCUGCUAGAACCUCAAUUCAACAAAAUCAUGACCCAAAUGAUGAGAAUAAGCAACAGAAAGAGAACUCUGGUAAUUAUCUGCAACUUGCUAGGAUAAGUACAAGUGCUAGUCAUCAUCAGAACAACGAGACCAAAUCCCCAGCCAAAGAAUUUGUGUUACCAAUCACUGGGAAUUUGCUUGUGAAUAGCAGCCCCAGAACUAGUGUUACCAAGAGCAAGGAGUUGAACUCCAUGUUCUGUUCCUCUGCUUAUAAUAGUAACGCCAACAAAGGCGUGAUGGGGAAUAUCAUGAGGAAGAACAGCGAUGAACUUGCUCAAUUUCGGAGUCCAAGGAUCAGCAGAGCGGACCCUGAGGUGAUGAAGUCCAUGGGGAAUGAAGCCUACAAGCUAGGAAGAUUUGAAGAGGCUUUGGUUUUGUAUGACAGAGCCAUUGCUCUUGACUCCAACACGGCAACGUACCAUUGCAACAAGAGCGCAGCUUUGAUAGGUUUGGGAAGGUUUCUGCAGGCAAUUGUCGAGUGUGAGGAAGCUAUCAGGUUGGAGCCUUCUUAUGGCAGAGCCCACAACCGUUUGGCAACAAUUUAUUUCAGACUGGGAGAAGCACAAAAGGCACUGAAUUGCAACGAAACAAGCCCAUGUGUUGAUUCUGUCCUCACUUUCCAAGCUCAGGCUCUUCAAAAUCACCUUAGCAAAUGCACUGAAGCUCGGGAAGUCAAAGACUGGAAAGCUAUAUUAAAGGAAACACAGGCUGCAGUAUCAUUAGGUGCCGAUUCAGCUCCACAGGUGUAUUGUUUACAAACUGAAGCCAUGCUGAAGCUCCUAAGACAUCAAGAGGCAUAUGCUACAUACGAGAAAAUGCCAAAAUUUGACCUUGAUAGUUGUAAAAAACUAUUCGGCCUAGCUCGUAGUGCUUACCUGAUGAUGAUAGCCGCGCAAAUUUACUUGGCAGCCGGCAGGUUUGAGGAUGCUGUAACAGCUUCUCAGCAAGCAGCUAAACUAGAUCCAAGUAGCUUUGAGGUAAAUGCAGUGGUGAGGAGAGCCAGAGCAGUGGCAUCAGCCAGAGUGAGUGGUAACUUACUCUUCAAGGCAUCAAAAUUCUCGGAAGCAUGCGCUGUCUACAAUGAAGGACUAGAGCAUGAUCCAUACAACGCAGUUCUGCUAUGCAAUAGGGCAGCAUGUCGUUCUAAGCUAGGUCAGUUUGAAAAAGCAAUUGAAGAUUGCAACGUAGCAUUUAUCGUUCAGCCUAGUUAUAGCAAGGCAAGGUUGAGGAGGGCAGAUUGUAAUGCCAAGUUGGAGCGAUGGGAAGCUGCGAUUCAAGACUACGAAAUGCUAUUAAGAGAAAAACCAGGGGAUGAGGAGGUGGCUAGGGCUCUGUUUGAGACUCAGCUUCAACUCAAGUUGCUGCGUGGUGAAGAUAUUAAGGACUUGAAAUUUGGAUCAAAUUUGUUUCUCAUCUCUAGCAAUGAUCGGUUUAGGCACUAUGUAACAUCACCUGGGAUGUCUGUGGUGCUCUUUUGCAACAAGGCAACCCACAAACAAGUGUUGUUGGUGUUGGAGCAAACCUGCAAGAGAUUUCCAUCAGUUAAUUUUCUUAAGGUGGAGAUUGAAGACCACCCCUACUUGGCAAAAUCAGAAGGUGUGAACUGCGUCCCAGCCUUUAAAAUAUACAAGAAUGGAUCAAGGGUUAAAGAAAUUCCAGGCAACAACCACGAGUUGUUAGAAAAAUUAGUUAAAUUAUAUAGUAGUUGA